AUGUUCUUCCUGUUCUCGGUGCUGGCGUCCUGGCUGCUGAACGCGGCGGGACGCAGCUUCACGGAGCCACAGGAGCACGACGAGCCCAACGCCACGGUCUCCAACAUCCUGGCAGAGCUCCGGGCGUUUGGAGUAAAGGUGGACUUCCCUCCUUCCAAGCUAAAGUCUGGUUCUGGAGAGUUUGUGUGUUUCGUGUUGGAUCAGCUCGCAGAGGAGGCGCUGAAGAGACGCGGCUUCUCCUUCAAACGGCCGGUGUAUCCCACAGAGAGCACUGAGGAGGAGGAGCAGCUGGAGGACGACGCAGAACUCACUCUGAGCCGAGCUGAAGACGAACUGCUGGACGAGGCUGAGGACGAAGAGGACGACAUCAUGGACCUGGACGCUCUCAAACUGCGCUCCUCCCACUCUGAGCCCCGGCUGAAGCCAGAGGAGAUCCUGGAGUCCACCUCAGAUGCAGCAGAGUGGUACCUGGAGGUGGAGAGGGUCCUGCCUCAGCUCAGAGUCACCAUCCGCACAGACAACAAGGACUGGAGGAUCCAUGUGGACCAGAUGCAUCAGCACAGAGAUGGUAUCAGCUCCUCUCUACAUGAAGCCAAGGGCCAGCUGGACAAACUGCAGGAGGACAUCAGCAAAACUCUGGAGAAAGUCAGCAGCCGAGAAAAGUACAUCAACAACCAACUGGAAGGACUGAUUCAGGAGUAUCGUACAGCCCAGGGCAAACACCGGGAGGUGAAGGACAGAUACCAUCAGGCGAGUGGAGGAGUCACCGAGAGAACCAAGGUCCUGGCAGAGGUCUGUGAGGAGCUGGAGAAGGUGAAGCAGGAGAUAGAGGAGAAGGGCAGCAGUAUGUCAGACGGAGCCUCUGUGGUCCGGAUCAAACAGUCGGUGAUGAAGCUGAAGCAGGAGACGCAGCAGAUGGAGGUGCGGAUGGGAGUCGUGGAGCACCUCCUGCUUCAGGCCAAACUCAAGGAGAAGAGUAACAUGACCAGAGACAUGCACCAUGUGCCAGAGAGCGCCCCCUUCAGCGGACUCUGA